UUCCCAAUAAUAUUUUCCGAUCCAGUCCAAGUGCCCAUAAACUUAUAAAGUAUACUUUACUGCAGUCCGCUGAAGCUUAUGAGUGGUGGCUUUUAGGAUGGCGAAGCUCCCGGCGAGUGAGCCGAGGCGGAGGAAACCAACUCCUCCUGAUGGCUCGGACUCAGCGCAGCGGACAGCUGGGAACGAUCGCAAGUCUGGAGGAAUAUCCAUGUUUUGUAUCGUAUUGCCCGGGCUGAUCAUGGGCUGUGCUGUAGCUCUCUGGUCAUCCUAUCCAUCCCUGUUUACGUCCAUCCAGUCACUGAAUCAUAUUCAAGUUCCCCUGGACGCUCCCAGGGUGAUGACCAAUGGCUCUUCUUUCUCACCAGAAUUCUCCAAGGAACGACUGUGGGGAUCUUAUAGGCCGCAAGUGUAUUUCGGCAUGCGGCCCCGUCUACCAAAGUCUAUUGUCACUGGCUUGAUGUGGUACCCGUACAUGCCUGGAAGCCAGGGGUGGCGGUCCAUUCGUCAUCUUGCUCAGCAGGAUGACAAUCUCUUGCAUUACGGCUGGCUGAAGCAUGACGGACAGGCGUUUGGUAGCCAGGAGGUCGCUGAAGAAGAUUUCACGCUGACGACGGAGUUCGUCAAGCAGGCCGGUGGUGAACACGGCGGCCAUUGGUCAGCACGGAUAUCAGCCAAGCCUCGAAAGAAGGUCAAGACAUCCAAGUCCAAGCAGCAGAAAGAUCAGAUUGCUCUUUUCUUCUAUGCGUUCAAUGAAGGCGACGGUGAAAUGAGCCCCAUCGUGGAGCCAGCUCGCACACGCCUUGGCUCGCCGAAGAUGACGGAAAUCCGCGGUGCAACACCAGAGCUUGGAGAGUUCACAAUCAGCUUACCGGCAGCAGCAUCUACGGGUAAGGAUCACUACGUCAGCCAUGCGCCCAAGUUGGAGAAGCUGCACGACUUUGUCAUGGACAAGAUGAUGCGAGGUGGUCGCAAGCUGGAUGAAGUCACGUGGACGGACUGCUUGAUGACAUUGUUCGCUACUGAGGGCAGCAUCACGGAGUGUAUUGGCAAGUUGUUUCCUCCCAAGCCGAAUGUCAUCAUUCAACAGGCUAUGUUUGAUUUGCCUUUCCAAGCUGACAUCACAUUCAAAUCUCAUUCCGACCGGAACGGUGCUCCUCCUGCUGGUAGUGAUCUGACAAAGGCGUUGAAAGCACACCACAAGGCGUUCAAUACACGGUUUGAGAAGACAUUUGACCUUGCAGCUAAGAAGUACUCGGCGGCUGAAAUCAACUUUGCCCGCGCAGCGCUCAGUAACAUGCUUGGUGGAAUGGGAUAUUUCUACGGUGCUUCAAGCGUGACAUCUAGUGACUUGUCUACACCUGUGGAGUACAUGACUCGCCCGCUGUUCACUGCCGUACCCUCUAGAUCCUUCUUCCCCCGCGGAUUCCUGUGGGACGAAGGCUUUCAUCAGCUGCUGAUCAGCCGCUGGGACCCACUGAUUGCCAAGGAGUCGAUAGGUCAUUGGUUUGACUUGAUCAACCAGGAUGGCUGGAUACCGCGAGAGCAGAUCCUGGGACCAGAGGCACUAAGUCGAGUUCCUGCUGAGUUUGUUGUGCAGCAUAAUGAGAAUGCCAAUCCACCGACAUUCUUUCUCAGUAUCCAGUCUCUAUUGAGAAACGACCAGGUUGACAAGGAGUUCUUGCAACACCUGUACCCGAGACUAAGCAAGUGGUUUGAGUGGUUCAACGUCACACAGGCUGGUCCAGUACCGCUCUCCUAUCGCUGGCGAGGGCGCAAUGCCACCACAGACAUGGAGCUGAAUCCGAAGACCUUGACAUCUGGUCUUGACGAUUUCCCGCGCAGUAGUCACCCGACGGAGGAUGAGCGUCAUGUUGACUUGCGAUGCUGGAUGGCUCUGGCUGCCGGUAUCAUGGCGAAUAUCUCCACGGUCAUUGGUGAGCCAUCCGAGGCGUAUCAGAAACUGCAUGUGGAUCUGUCAGCCAAUGACAUGCUGAAUAAGCUACACUGGUGUGAGAAACACAGGAGUUACUGUGAUUACGGGAAACAUGUGUCACAAACUAAACUGAUUUGGCAAAGAGAAACCUUGCCAGAUUCAGGCAAGCAGCGGUCAAAUCGUACUCCUCGUGUUGUUCGUAAGAUGGUGCGCAAGGUGACUGGUGCACCCAAGAACAAGUUUGUUCCAGUGUUUGGCUACGUCAACCUGUUCCCGUUGAUUCUGGAGAUCCUGGAGCCUAGCUCCCCUCAGCUGGGUGUGAUUCUGGACAGGCUGAAUAACACAAAGCUUUUGUGGACAUCUUUUGGACUGCGUUCUGUUGCCAGGAAUGACUCAUUCUAUCUUGCUGACAACACGGAGCAUGACAAGCCGUACUGGAGGGGUGCCAUCUGGAUCAACAUCAACUACCUGUGCGUGCGCUCUCUGCACCACUAUGGACAGAUGAAGGGCCCGCACCAGCGCAAGGCAAGGGCACUGUAUCGCCUGUUACGGAAAAACUUGAUCAGCAACAUCUUCAAACAAUACCAGCAAACUGGCUUCAUCUGGGAGCAGUAUGAUGAUUUGACAGGACAAGGAAAGGGAACACGGCCCUUUACUGGCUGGUCAGCCCUGGUGGUGUUACUAAUGAGUGAGCUUUACUGACAGCAACACAAGCAGCCAUGCAGCAGCCAUGCAGCAGCCAUGCAGCAGCCAUGCAGCAGCCAUGCAGCAGCAGCCACUAUCAAGAACAGCAGCAGUGAGAGCGUAGCUGCACGUAUCAACCGUCAUGAUGAUGAUCAUCGUUAGAUCAUCAUCAUCAUCAUACUCGAUCAUUGGCGUCACGGGACAUAGCUACUGAAGAUCAAACGCAACCCGACACGCGGUUGACACCUGCAAGCUGAGUGUUGGUUGAAUCCCUGUCUUCAUAAACAUGAGUUGUGUUCAUCAACAUCAGUGUCCAGCAGCAUGUACGUUUCGGUUCUGAAAUUCAUAGCAUCAUCUUGGUGUUAACCAGCUAAUAAGCUAUUGCGCUGUAACCGUUUUUGAAACAUUUGAACUGGGCUAUAGAACUUUCUGCCAUGUACAUACAGCAAAAUAUUAAUUUGCAUUCUCUUCAAUUUUAACCUUACUUUCAAACAAUUCUUUUAAGUGAAACCCGUCACGUGAUCAAAUCCGAACACGGUGCA